UCUAUUCUCCUUUUCAGCGCGCGACAGUUCACAUGAGGCAGAGGGGAAGCAAGAGAAGGAGGAAGUCAGGUCACCUCAGUGACUUCAGCAGACACCGGGCUACACCUGACAGCACAAACACAGGAGGCAGUCGCUCACUCACUGCUGGGGCUUUCAGGAAACAUGGCAACAGCCACGGCCAACGGCGGCUCCAUAACAAUUAUAAACUGCAAGGGACUGAAAGAUAUCAAGAAGAACGGCUACUACAACCACAGAGAAAAAAAUGGCCCUCGGACUGGCGUUCCCUCCACGGAGCACAGGAGGGAGGCCUUUGAGCAGCCUCCCAUGUAUGUGGCUGUCAUGACAUACGUGGGCUUUGCCCUUGUCACCCUCUUUGGCUACUUCAGAGAUUUCCUCAGAGCUGUGCGCUUAGAGAAGCGUCACCUCGCCCAGGAAAGAGAGGAACAGAAGAAUUUUGUACCACUUUAUCAAGAUUUUGAGAACUUCUACACUCGUAACCUGUACAUGAGGGUACGAGACAACUGGAACCGUCCCUUGUGCAGCCUACCAGGACCUGUCUUUGACCUGAUGGAGAGAGUGUCUGACGACUACAACUGGACUUUCAGGUUAACUGGACGAACAAUACACAACGUCAUCAACACGGGCUCUUACAACUACCUCGGCUUUGCUGAGAACAAUGCUGAUUCUCUGAAAACGGUGGCAGACAAUGUGCAGCAGUAUGGCGUUGGAAUUUGCAGCACCAGGCAAGAAGUAGGUAACCUGAGCCUCCAUGAAGAUCUGGAGAAACUUGUGGCCAGUUUCCUUCAAGUGGAAGCCUCUAUGGUCUUUGGGAUGGGUUUUGCCACCAAUUCAAUGAAUAUUCCAGCGCUUGUUGGCAAGGGUUGUUUGAUACUGAGCGAUGAGCUCAAUCACACAUCUCUAAUCUUAGGGGCCAGACUGUCAGUAGCCACCAUCCGGGUAUUCAAACACAACGAUAUGCACAGUCUGGAGAAGAUGCUAAGAGAGGCAAUUUGCUCAGGGCAGCCUCGGACUCACAGGCCGUGGAAGAAGAUCCUGAUCAUGGUGGAAGGCAUCUAUAGCAUGGAGGGCUCAGUGGUGCGAUUACCAGAGAUCAUCGCUCUAAAGAAGAAGUAUAAAGCAUAUCUGUACCUGGAUGAAGCCCACAGUAUCGGAGCAGUGGGGCCAUCAGGUCGGGGCGUGACUGAGCUGUUCAGUGUGAACCCAGCUGAUGUGGACAUCAUGAUGGGGACCUUCACCAAGAGCUUUGGAGGUGCUGGAGGCUAUAUCGCAGGAAAAAAGGAACUGGUCGACUACCUCCAAAGUCAUUCCCACAGUGCAAUAUAUGCCACGGCCAUGUCCCCACCUGUCACUGAGCAGGUCAUACGUGCCAUGAAGUGCAUUAUGGGAAAAGACGGGAGCACACAGGGUAUUACUCGCAUCCACCAACUGGCAGAAAACACCAGGUACUUCAGGGCCAGACUGAAGGAGAUGGGCUUCAUCAUCUAUGGCCAUGAUGACUCACCUGUGAUUCCAAUCCUGCUCUAUAUGCCGGGCAAAGUGGUAGCUUUUGCUCGAGAAAUGCUGGAGAGGAAAGUCGGUGUGGUGGUCGUCGGCUUUCCGGCCACGCCGAUUACGGAGGCUCGGGCUCGCUUCUGUAUGUCCGCGUCACACACCAGAGCCAUGCUGGACGAGGUGCUGCAUCAUCUGAACGAGGUGGGAGACAAUUUGUGUCUCAAGUUCUCGCGACAAAAAUAAUCCUCUUGGCCUGACCUCUGUGAUGACACGGACUGUGAGCUGGGCCGCUGAAAUGACCCCUUGACACCUUCACUUCACAGUGUCAGAGUGUCCGUUUAAAGGCACACAACUUUGAGAAACACUGGUGUCUCGCUGCAGGAAAAGGGGGCCAAAUGUUUGGCAGCUGUUUAUUUUUUUUGUUUGUUUGUAAAACAUUGUGAUCUAACGGAACUCUCAGCUGUGCUACUUCAUAUCUGAACACGUUUAUUUUGUCAGUACAUACAUUUUUGGUUUCAAAUUUUGAGAUAUUUAUCUUUUUAUAUUGAGACAAAUUAAUGUUAUUUCACUUCAGGGAGUCCUUUCAAUAAAUUUAGACGAUUAUAUUGUU